AUGUUUCCGAUAUCUGCCCGCGUCUUCAAGGAGAAAGAGCGAAACGGUGGCGCCGUCCCGACGCAAUCAAAUUAUGAUUUCACCCUCAAAUCAGGACUAUUUCGGAAGAACUACAUGCGCUCAAUUGUUCAGAUCCCCGGCUUCAUACCGCAAAGAGCUGCACUCUAUGUCCCACCCUUGCGAACGCCUUCAACCGACACGACGGCGACCAAAAACCGCCAUAAGUUCAAAGUGCUCAAGAUACUACGACCUAACCUUUACUUUACCGGUGCGGCUUCAAGUCUCAAGACCGCAAGCCGCCGUGCAACCACUAGCUCCAACAGCAUCGCUGGUAGCGACAGCACUGCCGCGGCAGCUACCGGUCUUGCCUGCCCUUGGAGGAAACAGCGGUCCCAUCAUGGAAUCAGAUUGACGUUAAGUAGAGCAACUCCCAAAUCGCUCGUGGCGUCUCGCGAGCGUCCCGCGCCAGCUUCUCAUCAAUCUCAUGCACAUCCUCCCGUCCUCACUACUCACCCUUGA